GUCGGGAGCAAAGAUUUACAGCCGUUUGCAUAUGUAAUGGUACUGGCGCCUCGAUGUAAAACAAAAGAUAACAUAGACCGAAAAAGGACUUAGCGAUAUUUUGACGAAUUGUAGUACUGUGAUAUCUUAGCUUCCGAGUCUACUGUGGCAACAUGGGUCGUAACCCGAAGACAUUCAAAAGCGCAGAGUUCAUCGAUGACUCUGAUAGCUCGGAUGAUGAUGGCAGUGUCCUUGACAUCUCAUCGACAUCUUCCGAUUCCGAUAGCUCAGGGUCAUCGACAGCAUUUGUAUCUGACGCAAGCAUUUUCAAUUUCGAUACUCGAGACAGUAUAGAUCGUGAACUAGAUGCAAUGGCUGCUCCGCCUCCAGCUGUAGAGCCUAUUCCAGUUGCAGAGCCUCUUCAAGCACCUAAAGUCAAGUCAAAAAAGAAAAAAUCUAAGCAACCUCAACCUGUGACUCCCCCUCCCAAUGAGCCAGAGGUUAUACCUGCUCAAGUGGCUCCACUGCGUAUCAAGGCAACAUACAGCAUCACAAUUCUGCCGCACAGUGAGCUCAAGAAAGGUGACAUCAAGAAACGUGUUGGCACAGCAACCAUUCUCAGCCUUUAUCUUGAUGAGCCUUUUGACACAUUCAAGGCACAAGUUCUUCGAAAGAUCGAAAAAGAGACUGAUCCAACCAUCUUGUCCUUUGAAAACUACAAGACUUUCUUUACCAUUGUUCGCAUCACUCCGCAGCCAACCUCACUUGCAGAUGAAGAUGAUUAUCAAGAACUCAUCAAACAUCUGCAGCAAAUGAGCACACCUGCUGCCACUAUUUAUAUCCAAGAGCUUUUGGCCAUGAAAAAGUGCAAGGACCGGCCAUCAGACAAGGAGAACAAUAGAGAAACAAAUGAGGAUAACAAUCAUAGCAGCUUAGAAUUGAGUGACGAUGGUAAGAAAAGGAGCAAGAAGAAGAAGAAAACAAAGGCACCAAAGGCUGCUGACAUAGAUGAAGAGAUGAAACCAAUCAACAAGAACAUCAAGGUAUUAUCGGAUCAGUGGGUUUGCCACAAAAAGCCAGGCUGCUUGAGUGACUACUGCUACCCAAACCCUGGUGACAAUGGAUCUCAUGUCUGUCUGACAUUUCCCCUUCUCGAAUGCUGGGCAGCUGCAAUGGAAAAAGGGCUGGAGUAUGCCACUCUUGAGAUGCCUCCUAACCAUUCUUCCUUCAGCAUGAUUUCUUCCGACUCUCUUGGGCAGCCCUCACUUCUUUCUGUCUGCUGCCAACAGCUCAAUGAACAAUCCAAGAAAGCCACUCAGGCUGAGGCUGUACCUGUCGCACCCACACCAGCACAAGCUAUGCCCGUUAUCAAUGUCAAUUUUCCUCCUGAAAUGUUCCAAGCUAUACAUGCAGCAUCUGACUCACAACCUGUCCAUCAUGCACCAGUCCCUGCCUUGCUUCCACCUGCUGUAUUACCACCUGCUGUUCCAGCCUCUCUCGGCUCUUUGCUCUCAUCAAUGCAGCUUGCUUCCCUUGGACCAAGAAUGAACCUAACGGACUUUUGCUCUGCUUAUGAACUUUCACAAAUUCUUCAGUCAAAACUUUCUGAUCAUGGUUUCACGUCAUCACAUGCCCUUCGUUAUGUCACCAUCGAUGAUUUGCAAAAGGUAGGCUUGCUUUGUGGAGAGCUUGCUGAGCUCAAGGAUGCAGUUGCCCGUUGGUGUGGUGAAUAG